CGGCUCCCGGUUCGUCAGCGGCGGCGGCGCGUGAGCUGCGCUUCUCCCGUCCGGCUCGCGAGCUCUCGAGCAACGGAGUCGCUUCGGAGUGCAUAAAUCUACCGACAUAUGUGCAGACGGAGCGGGGUUCCUCCUCCGGCAGGCGCCCGGCUCGUAGCUGUUUAAUGACGGGGGCGAGGCGGAGGUGCUGCUGCUCGUGCUGCUUGGUUGUCGCUGAUGUUUGGCGGAGGGCGAUAAAUUAACACGGCGACACGGGAUCAUGACGACCGGGCAGGACGAGAGCUCGGUCCGCGUGGCGCUGAGGAUUCGUCCCCAGCUGGCCCGUGAGAAAAUAGAGGGAUGUCACAUCUGUACGUUUGUGACCCCAGGAGAGCCCCAGGUGAUCCUGGGGAAGGACAAGGCCUUCACGUUCGACUAUGUGUUCGACAUGGAUUCUCAACAGGACACUAUCUACUCUAACUGCACAGAGAAGCUGAUAGAAGGCUGUUUUGAGGGCUAUAACGCUACCAUCUUUGCCUAUGGACAGACGGGCUCUGGGAAAACCUACACAAUGGGCACAGGGUUUGACGUGAGCAUUCCAGACGAUGAACUGGGCAUCAUUCCACGGGCAGUCAGUCACCUUUUCAAAGGUAUCGAGCAAAGACGCCAAGCUGCGACUGAUCAGGGUCGACCGGUCCCCGAGUUCAAGAUCAGCGCCCAGUUCCUGGAGUUGUAUAAUGAGGAGGUUCUGGAUCUCUUUGACUCCACCCGUGAUUUGGAGGUCCGGAAGCAGAAGUCUCACAUUAAGAUCCAUGAAGAUGCCACUGGGGGCAUUUAUACUGUGGGAGUGACCACCCGCACUGUCUCUUCAGAGGCUGAGAUGAUGCAGUGUUUGAAGCUGGGUGCUCUGUCACGUACCACAGCCAGCACACAGAUGAACGUGCAGAGCUCACGCUCCCAUGCCAUCUUUACCAUCCACCUGUGCCAAGUACGCGUGUGUACAACCUCGGACAACGAAAACGAGACUGAUAACCGGCUGGCUAACGGCUCCUCUGAUAUGGAGGAGUUUGAGACACUGACAGCGAAGUUUCACUUUGUGGACCUGGCUGGCUCAGAGCGUCUGAAGAGAACAGGAGCCACAGGGGACAGAGCCAAAGAGGGCAUCUCUAUCAACUGUGGACUGUUGGCAUUGGGGAAUGUCAUCAGUGCCUUAGGAGACAGAAGCAAGCGGUCAACGCAUGUGCCUUACCGGGACUCCAAACUCACUCGCCUCCUCCAGGAUUCUUUAGGAGGCAACAGCCAAACUGUGAUGAUUGCCUGCACAAGUCCUUCUGAUCGGGACUUCAUGGAGACCCUGAACACCCUGAAGUAUGCUAACCGAGCGCGCAACAUUAAGAACAAGGUGGUGGUGAACCAGGACAAGGCCAGUCAGCAGAUCAGUGCUCUGAGGACAGAGAUAGCCCGGCUGCAGAUGGAGCUCAUGGAGUACCGCACGGGGAAGCGAAUGAUUGGAGAGGAUGGCAUGGAGAGCAUUAAUGACAUGUACCAUGAGAACUCCAUGCUGCAGACUGAGAACAACAAUCUACGCGUGAGAGUUAAAGCCAUGCAGGAGACCAUCGACGCUCAGCGUGCUCGCCUCACUCAGCUCCUGAGUGACCAGGCCAAUCAGGUUCUUGCUAAAGUUGGUGAAGGCAGUGAGGAGAUCGGGAAAAUGAUCCAGAACUACAUCAAAGAGAUUGAAGACCUAAGAGCCAAACUGCUGGAAAGCGAGGCAGUGAACGAGAACCUGAGGAAGAACCUGUCCAGAGCGACCACUCGCACGUCUUUCUACGGAGGACCUGGAGGUUUUUCUCCUGCCCUGCUCGGACCUGACCCCACCCAAGAGACCUCUGACAUCAUCGAGCUGGCUAAGAAAGAUCUGGAGAAACUGAAGAGGAGAGAGAAGAAGAAAAAGAAGAGGCUACAGCAGCUGCUUGAGGAGCGGAGAGAUGAGGAGGAAGAGGAGAUGGAGGUGGAGGAAGACAGUGCUGUGAAAGAAGUUCCAGACAAUGAUCAGGAGAAGGGCAAUGAGAGAGAGCAGCCUGAGCCAGCCAAUGAGGAAGCAGAGACGGAGGCUCAGGAGGGCAGUGAUCAUGAUGAGGGUGAGGAGGAAGAGGAGGAUGAUGAUGAGGAAGAGAUGGAUGCAGAGGAGAGCUCAGAGGAUUCAGAUUCUGAACUGGAUGAGAAAGAGGACUUCCAGGCUGACCUGGCCAACAUCACCUGUGAGAUCGCCAUCAAGCAGAAGCUGAUCGAUGAGCUGGAGAACAGCCAGAGGCGUCUGCACACGCUCAAACAGCAGUACGAGCAGAAAUUGAUGAUGCUGCAGAGCAAGAUCCGCGACACCCAGCUGGAGAGAGACCGUGUGCUGCACAACAUGGGCUAUAUGGAGUCGGGUUCAGAGGACAAGGCCAAGCGAAUAAAAGCAGAAUAUGAGAAGAAACUGAGCGUCAUGAAUAAAGAGCUGCAGAAGCUACAGGCUGCUCAGAAAGAACACGCCCGUCUGCUCAAGAACCAAUCACAGUACGAGAAGCAGCUCAAGAAGCUCCAGCAGGAAGUCACUGAGAUGAAGAAAACCAAAGUGCGUCUGAUGAAGCAGAUGAAGGAGCAGCAGGAGAAGAACCGGAUGGCAGAGUCUCGCAGAAACCGAGAGAUCGCCACGCUGAAGAAGGACCAGCGCAAACAGGAGCAUCAACUGAAAUUGCUUGAGGCCCAGAAGAGACAGCAGGAGCUCAUACUGCGCAGAAAGACUGAAGAGGUGACCGCUCUGAGGAGGCAGGUUCGACCCAUGUCUGGCAAGGUCAACAGGAAGGUCAGCCUGCCUGAGACCCUAUCAGACUCCGCCCACCGACCACCCACAGGACGCAUACACGGCUCUGGAGCACCCAAUGGAACCAGCAGACUGUACCACCGCAGACCUGUGGGGGUGUACUCUACCCGCGUGGCUCGGGUGAAAUGGCAGAGUUUGGAGCGCCGCAUUUCUGAUAUCAUCAUGCAGCGCAUGACUAUCUCCAACAUGGAGGCAGACAUGAAUCGCCUGCUGAAGCAACGGGAGGAUUUGACCCGGCGGAGGGAGAAGCUGAGCAGGAAGAAGGAGAGACUGGCAGCUGAGGGUCCAGAGGGAGAGAAGGCUGUACAGACUCUGAGCGAGGAGCUGGAGUCCCUGUUAGCCAACAUUGACUACAUUAAUGACAGCAUCGCUGACUGCCAGGCCAACAUCAUGCAGAUGGAAGAAGCUAAGGAGGAGGGAGAGACUGUGGACGUUUCUGCAGUCAUUGGCUCCUGCACUCUUUCAGAGGCUCGAUUUCUUUUAGAUCACUUCAUGACAAUGGCCAUAAAUAAGGGUCUGCAGGCAGCUCAGAAGGAGUCUCAGAUUAAGGUGAUGGAGGGUCGGCUGAAGCAGACUGAAAUCAACAGUGCCACCCAGAACCAGCUGCUCUUCCACAUGCUGAAGGAGAAAGCUGAGUUUAACCCAGAGUUGGAUGCGCUACUGGGCAAUGCUCUUCAAGAGCUAGGUAACAUGCCUGUGGAGAACGGAGACGACAGUAGCAGUGAUGAAUCAACAAGUCCUGCAGCAGAUGGAAACACCCUGGCCUCUGACCUCAUGAAGCUUUGUGGAGAGACCAAGUCUAGGAGUAAGGCUCGCAGAAGAACCACCACUCAAAUGGAGCUGCUUUAUGCUAACAGCUGUGACUCUGGUCCUGACACACAAAGUGGAGAUUUUGCUGGCCCUCUGCACCCCAUGGCUGAAACACCUGAAGGGCCCUCAGAUCUUGAGUCUGCUGGCAAUGCAGUCAGGGACUACAUGGUCCCUACAGCUGGCUUUUCCUCUAGAAUGGGUAGCAUCACCUCUGGCUCAAGACCACCAACGGGGGUGGAAAAGAGAGUCCCGGAAGCGUCUCCUCUCACCCGCAGGAAGACCUAUGACAAGGGACAAGCAGCAGCUGACAGAGCUAAAGCCAAAGAAAUCAAACAAGGGGUGAUAAACCCUGUUCCCGUGUCUAAGAGCAGCCGUGGUGCUACACUGCAGUGUGUGCAUGUGGCUGAGGGCCACAGUAAAGCUGUGCUGUGUGUGGACUCCACUGAUGACCUCCUCUUCACUGGAUCCAAAGACCGCACCUGUAAAGUGUGGAAUCUGGUGACUGGUCAGGAGAUCAUGUCUUUGGGUGGCCAUCCCAACAACGUGGUGUCAGUACGCUACAGUUCCAGCCUGGUCUUCACCGUCUCCACCUCCUACAUCAAAGUCUGGGAUAUCCGUGAUUCAGCCAAGUGCAUCCGCACACUCGCCUCUUCUGGUCAGGUGAGCUCUGGUGAUGCAUGUGCAGCCACAACUAACCGCACAGUCACUAUACCAACUGGAGAGAACCAGAUCAACCAGAUCUCUCUCAACCCAACGGGCACAGUGCUCUACGCAGCUGCUGGAAACUCCGUCCGCAUGUGGGACCUCAGAAGGUUUGUCUCUACAGGCAAGCUUACAGGUCACCUUGGACCAGUCAUGUGCUUGACUGUUGAUCACUCUGGUAAUGGCCAAGAUUUGGUCAUCACUGGUUCCAAAGAUCACUACAUCAAGAUGUUUGAUGUAACUGAGGGAGCACUAGGCAGCAUCAGUCCUACGCAUAACUUUGAGCCUCCACACUAUGACGGGAUUGAGUCGGUUGUGGUGCAGGGAGACUGCCUAUUCAGCGGAUCCCGAGACAACGGCAUCAAAAAAUGGGACCUGGCUCAUAAAGACCUGCAGCAGCAAGUGCCGAAUGCUCACCGGGACUGGGUGUGUGCACUGGGCGUGGUUCCUGGCUCUCCAGCACUGCUAAGCGGCUGCAGAGGAGGAGUGCUCAAACUCUGGCACACAGACACACUGAGCGCACUCGGAGAACUGCGGGGCCACGAGAGCCCCAUCAACAGCAUCUCCACCAACAACAGCUUAGUGUUCACUGCAUCUGAUGAUCGGACAGUGAAGAUCUGGCGUGCGAGAGGAGCUCUGGACAGCACUACUGAAAUGACGGACAUGGCCGACGAGUCUGCCAGCAACUGAUUAUUCCCUCGGGUCACUGAUCCUGACUGUGUUCCUUUGCACUUUGUCCUUAGCCACUAAAACUAGACGCCUAAUCAAUACAGAGACCCUCAGCAGAAGAAUAAUACCUGAAUUUAAGUGGACGUAAACAGACUGGAAUCGACUACUUCACCACGUCUCCUUCUCUCGGGGGUCUCUAAGCCUGUGUCUUAAUAUUGUGAAGAUGUUGUGGAAGGUAGCUGCAACAUGCAAGUCUCAUUGCAAAAUAAAGCUCCCAUAGACUCUACAUGUUGCAGAUUCUCCAUGUUGAUCCUUAUGUUGAUUGGAUGUCAGAUAGGGGAGAAGAAGCCGGACCCUCUGAAGCUGGCUCCAGUAGUCCGGAUUCUGUGAGCUCAUACGGAAGGCUGUGGAUCUGGGCGUUUGACGCUUUAUGCAUAUGAUGCAUAUGUUAAUGAACUGUAGUUUUUGCGUAAAGUGGACUAACUGGAAUCACCAUGCCCUUAAAUUUAUGUCUGCGUGUUUCAGCUGUAGGGUUGGCACCUGCAAAUCACUGCUAACCAAAGCGUAGAACUACAGUUACAGCUACAGUAGAUUACAGUCAUAACUAUGGGUGGGACUCACAGGGCAAAUCAUGAUACGAUAUCACAAUACAUUACCCACAAUACUGAUAAUAUCAGGAUACUCUUAUUCUGUGAUACUCAAUAUAUUUUAAGGCAAUUCUCUAUGAAACUUCACACCAUCUGUAUUACUGAAGAGGAUAGAAUACUCCUGAAUAAGCAAAUAUUAGGAAUUAUGGAUUUAAUUGUGUCAAUUUCACAGAAUUUGACAUCCAAUAUUCUUCACCACAGGUUUUACCCUAUUCGUUUAAUUAGCUCUGGCACGUGGAACAGUGGAGCAAUGAAAAAGUAACUUUAGUAAGUCAAAUUUGGGGAGAUGAUUAUGUAUUGCAAAUACAAUUGGUAUAUCUCAAUAUCAAUAUUUUGUCCCACCCCUAGUCAUAACUAGGUAAGAGUACAUACUUUACCACUUCUCUUUACAUAUAGAAUCAUCUCCUAAUCUCAUCUGUCUUUCAUUCUUCUUUUUUACUUUAUCUUUCUCUCUCUACCUCCCCUCUCCCUUCAUUUACUCCUCUUCUCGCCCUGCCCUCUCUUUCUUCCUCUCUUUCGGCUCAUCUUUGACAUUUUUUUUCCUUUCACUCCCUACUUUCUCUCUUCAUGGUUUCCCCAUCCCCUAUUAUUGCAUACGUUCUGCUUCUCACUCCCUCCUUACACCUCUUUUUGAUUUCUCUUAUUCUCCCUGCCCUUGUCUUUGCUUCACCUCUCUCUUCUGCUCUUUUUAUUUUCCCUCUAGUUUUUUUCUGUUUCUCAUUUUCCCUCCCAUCUCUGCUCUUCCCUUUCCCUCUAUCUUCUCUCUUUUCUCAUUGCUCUCUUCCAUCGCCUCUUUGUUUCCACUCAUGUUUUUAUUCCCCCUCUCUCGCUUUCUCCCUCUUUCUUGUCUUCCUCCAUCCUUCCAUUCUUCUGCUUUGUUCAUUUCCUCCCCAUCCAUUAUCUUUCCUUCUCUUUUCUGUCCUGUUUCUUUACUUCUGUUCUCCUUUUCUGUUCCCAGUUGCUCCCUGCUUUCUCAUUCUUUGCUAUAUUCUUUCUCUCCAUCUGUUCUGUUCUCUUUCUUUCAGUCCCAGCAUCUUUCUGUCAGCAUGUUUCACUAGUCAGUCACUCCUCACUCUUGUCAGAUCUCAGUACUCUCACUCUCGCUCAGCUCCUGUGUAAAACGUUCUCGCUGAUUGUCUAACACUUAUCUUUAAGCUUUACUAGAGCUUUAUCUUUAACGUGUGAGUGAAGUCUUACUAGUAACCAAUGCUCCUACUGCUAUUUACCUUAAUGUGUAGAUAUAUGUAUAUGUGGACGUACAGGGGGAAGAGAUUAUUGUGCCUGUAAGCCUAAACUUCAAGAGUAACGGUGUUCCCGGACCUGGUCUGUGUGUGUGCUAAAUGAACAUUCUCACCUGCUGCUGUUUCUGCCAUUGUUCUCCCCAUUCAGCUCUGACAUAAUGGACUGUUCAUAAAUAUAUAAAUAUAUAUAGCCUUAUGUAUCACAGUGUAGCUACAGUAAGUUAAUGCAGUACCUUGUGUAACGUGAGGUCUUAAAGGAAUACUUGACUCCAAAAUGCUGAGGCAGCAAACAGACUAACAAACACUGGUCUGUGUUGUUUGGAUAAGCUUAACACUAGCCCUCAUUAAUAUCAGCAACAUCAGGCUUUUAGGGAUGCACUGAUUAUUUGGCAAACAACAAAAAACAUAAUGGGUAAAAUAACUGGAUCAUUAAUACCAAACAUUGACUAAUUAUUUUAUCUAGUCAUGUUUCAGCAUUUCAGCAAUGGUUUCAGGAGCCGGUAAAUUGCCAAAAAAUGGUGGUAGGUUUAAGUUUGUUUUUUAUGCUGUACUCACAUAAAUCUAACUAAAUAAAGUAUUCAGCUUUACUUAUUAUUAUUUUUAGUGUAAGUUUACAACCUCUUCACAAACCUGCUGUUUCCCUGCUGCAACAGACAAGCUGUACAGGGCUAGCUAAGUAACUUAGCCUUAGCAUUUGUUUAACUAGUUAGCCGGACUUUCUCUGUGUAAAUUUCACUCACAUGUGACUUGGGUUAAGUAGUUAGCACUGCUAACGUAAUGUAUGACUAAAUCACACUGCUUACAUAUAUUUAAAGUUAAAGUAGCACGACUGGGGUGUUUUAUGAACAAAGUUGCACUGCUAAGGUAGCUAAGUUAGCUAGCUAAAUGUGUAGCUAAAAUGCUAGCACCGCUUAAAAUGUGUUCAUGAUUAGGAAAGCACAGCUGUGGUAGCUAAUGUAGUUAACUAUAGUGCUUUGUUGGUUUGUCUUGCUAGGAUAAUCAAAUCUUAAAGGUUAAAUAAAUAAUUUUUAAUUGUAGAUUUGUUUUGUUUUUGUUAUUUUUUGCUAAAAGUGAGACAAAUACAAUUCAAUUGAAUUAUUAAUACAAAUCUCUUUAGUAUUUAGCCUCCUGCUAAAUCUUUUUAGCCAAAAUCAUAUUUGUGCAUCCCUAGAGCCCUUGGCUGAAGUGUAGCUUUAUCCUGACAAGCUUUAUUAACUGACAAAGCUGGCUGCUCGUGGCCUCAGCUCAGAAGCAGUAGACCAGGAUUUGGGAAUGCUGUUUUAGGCUGAUCAGAAAUGGCAUUUGCAACAGUAGGAUUGAUCUCAGUUUAAGCUUCUUCUCUCCCCAUGUGGGCUUCUCCUGUGUAGUUGCUCUGUCUUAUUCUGGACACAUUUAAACCAGACGAAUUUAUGAAGUCCUGGAUUUUCACUGCAGUUUUAGCUGGCUGACCCCCUUAGCGAUUUGAAUGUCAGAUGCCACUUGAAUUAAAUGCCAUCUGUCAAAAACCA